AUGAAUAGUUCUUUGACAUAUUCACAUGAAAGUUUUACACGAUGGAUAUCAAGUAUAAUAUCUCCAAUAAUAUUACUUGGUUGUGCUAUUGGAAAUAUAAUAUCUUUUAUUGUUUUAUUACAACCACGUCUUCGUCGACAAACAACAUCAAUUUAUUUAGCAAUUCUGUGUGUUGCUGAAAUAGGAACAUGUUAUACUGGUCUUUUAAGACAAUUUUUACUUGAUGCCUUUAAUCUUGAUAUUCGAAGAAUAAAUUCAUUUACAUGUCGUACACAUAUUUAUUUAACAUAUAUAUUUCUUCGUUUAGCACCAUUAUUACUUGCUCUUGUUACAUUACAACGUUAUCUUUAUGUUACUCAUCGUGCUAUAUGUUCUUUAAAAUCAACAUGUAUACAAUUAUUUUGUAUAUUUUUAUUUGUUUUUUUAGCUGAAUCACAUUUAUUUAUAUUUUAUGAAUUAACUUAUCCAGAUAUACGACCAAGAAGUGAUUAUAUACCAUUUGAAUGUACUGUAGAUGAAAUUCGUUAUAAAAUUUAUUAUAAAUUUCGUAGUAGAAUCUAUCCAAAAUUAGCAUUCGUAGCAUAUACAAUAGUUCCGUUAACUGUUAUUAUUGUUGGAAAUGUUUUAUUAGUACGAACAGUACGACAAGCAUCAGAUCGUUCACGUUCAAAAUCAAAAAAAAAACGUUCAGUAACAAAAAUGUUAUAUGCUGUUAGUAUACUUUAUACAGUAUUAACAUCUCCAGCAUCAAUAUUUCUUGCAAUAGCACCAACUAGUUAUCAAUUAGCACCAGCAUUUCGUUUACAAUGGACAUUAUUACGUUUAUUAUUUUAUUUAUGUCAUUCAGUUAAUUUUUUAUUAUUUUGUGCAAGUGGAACAUUUUUUCGACAAGAAUUUGUUUCAUUUAUAAAUUCAAAUUGUGGUUUUCGAAUUAAUUGGAGACAUAAUGAACAUCGUGCUGGUGAUAUUGGUGGUAUAAGUAAAUUUGAAGAAGAAACAUUACAUCACAGUAUUCAAUAUAAAAAUCCUAGUGAAUAUAGUUUUGCUAAAAUUGAAAAACAAAAUUCAAAAUUAAAUGGAGCAUCAACAGAAAAUCCAGUAGACUUAUAA